AUGAUUAAUUUUUAUAUUUGGACAGCCAGCAUCAUAUUAAUUGGAUUUAUUAGACCUACAAUCCAGUGUGAUUCAAAUACAUUGCAAGGAUGUCUUCUUGAUGACACUACUGAGACAACCAAGAUGUCACUAUUAGAUUAUUCUGCUUAUGGAUAUGGCUUUUGGUUCUAAUAUUUAUCUACACAGACUACAUUACAUAAGAGCAAAACUACAUUCCCUAAAAUUGAAGGGCUUUUAAUAUUAGGGGAGAUAAAUCCUGAUAAUUUUAAAUAUAGGGUAUUUUUUUAUUAAGAUUGGACAAACAACAAUGCUAAUUAGGAAAAAUAUUUAUAUUUAUAAUAUGAAUCAGAUGGUUAAAUGAUCUAAUUAGCAAAAUUCGUAUUUGACGCAUUCGAUUUUGAUGGCAAGUGGAUUCAUAUUUAUGUUUCAUAUUAAUUUCCUUAUUAAAGAUAAAUAAUUCUCUAUGAUAUUUGGAAUGAUAAUUGCUAACUCAUAAACUAUAAAUCAAGUGCUAAUUUAGAAUUAAAGGAGACAAUAAUUACUCAAGGAGGAGAAUUAAAAUUAUAAUUAAAUUAAAAUGAUGAAGUAAAACAAUAUGCUUAUUAUCCUGGCAGAAUUACGAAACUAUUGUUUAACUUAAAUAAAAAUAAUGUAAUUUUUAACACAGCUCCAGAAUUUAAAGUAUUUGUUGAAUAAUAAUUUAUCCCAUAACCAUUUUGUUAAACUUCAACUUAUGAUUAGACAUUAAUAUCAAGUUACAUAUAUUAAUUUGGAUUGAUUUAGCUUGAAUCUUGGAUUAAGGUUGAUUAUAAUUUAAAUUUAAAUUAUUCAGCUAGCGUUUUUGGAGUUGAAAUACUAUUUCUGCCUUAUGUUAACGUCUAUUAAAAAUUAGUCGAUUUAUAAUACUGUCUUCUUUAAGCAUGGCUAGAUAAUUUAGCUAAUGGAGUGUAUUUCUAAACUUAUAAUUAAAAAGAUCCAGAUUUUUCUGAAAAUACUGCUUAAUUUUUGGGUUAAGCUGAUGUUGCUUUCCAUACUUUAACAUAAGAUUUAAGAUAAUGGCAUUAUGUUUCUAUUAUGUACGGUUUUGAUAAAGCAGAAGUGCCUGUUUCAAAUUUGAAAAUGUGGUUCAAUGAUGGGGAUAUCUAUGAGGCUCAAUAUCAUAAUAGAACUUAUCAUUUCAAUGGAGCCAACCUAAGAAUUAGAAGUGGAUUUCUUUUUAUUGGCGCCUCUGAUGGAUUGUAUGUAAAAUCAGAGAGCAGUAAAAUAACUGUUUGUUUACCUGAGUCUUUUGUUCUCUUGAAAAAGUGUCAUUUCAGUUGUUUAGAUUUUGUGAUUAGAACUCUAAUAGAUAUCUAGAAAAUAGCUAUUGUAAAUUAAUAGUGGAAAUUGUAUAUGUAAUAUCAAUAUCUUAAAUUAGAAUUCUUGGAUUUCUAUCCCACUUCAAUAUAAGAUUAUAAUGCAAAGAAUUAAACUCUAUCUUAAUUUGGUUAUUUUCCAAUUAAAGAAGUCGAUAAUGAAGUCAUUUAUAUACUAUGUCCUUAAUUUAAUGAAAUUUAAUUGGAAAAGAUAAGUUGCAUAGAAUGUUUGACUUAACCAGAAACCUUUGCUACAAAAUUGAAAUGCGAAUCUGAUUAUGUUUUUAAUAGUUAUGGUCAAUAUGAAUUAGUCUAGCGAGAAGAUAAAGAUAUUGAAUUAUAUGUUCUUGAUACGUCAACAUCUUCUCUUACCUUGUGUGUUGGAUGCAAAACGUUAUGUAACUAAAAUAUUGAUUCAAAUUGUCAUUUUCAUACCUUAUUAAAGGUAUAUAUUUAAUGUCAAUCUCAAUUCUAUUAUAAAAAUGGAGAAUGUGUUGUUUGUAAUUCAAAUUGUAAGACAUGUGAAGAUUAUUCAAUUUGCACAUCUUGUUAUAAUUAAAUGAUUUUGAAUCCUAAUAAUAAUGUAUGCCUUGAAUGUCCAAAGGAAUGUUUAGAAUGUGAAUAUAAUUCUGGAGUUCAAUGCAAAUAAUGCAUAGGAAAAUACUCAGUGUUUUAAGGAUAAUGCUACCCUUGUAGUAAAUAUUGUUUAGAAUGCUUGUAUGUUUAAAAUCCUAAAGAUGGAUCGUAUUAUAAUAGAUGCAUUAAUUGCAUAGAUAAUUAAAAAUAUUAUUUAUCAAUUAAUGCAGUUGAUUGUCUUGAAAAUUUAGAUGUUCAUUGCAAAUCUGAAAUCUAAUUUCAUAAAUCGUGGUUUAUGAGAAAUAAAGUAAAUACUAUAUUUCAUAUGUAUGAAAAAGGAGAUUAUAACUCUAAUUAACUUCUGAAUUAUUGUGCUUUGUGUGCUGAAGGAUAUGCUUCAUUACUCUCAGGAUCAUGUGUUAAAAUAGAUUCAAUUCCUGAUAAUAUACAAAAUAAGGAAUAUUGUAUACAAAUGUAUGAAAUGGAGGUUUUUCAAUCAUUGUAAUUAAAUUUGUUAUAAUACUAAUGUCUUGUUUAUACAAACGAAUUUUAACAAACCUUUUCAGCUUCAAAUGGUUGUGAUUUUAUUUUGUUAAAUUGUGCUUACUGUUUCAAUAAUAUAUGUUUGUAAUGCUAUCCUGGAUAUUAUGCUGAAUUAGCAUCUGGUUAGUGUAUUGCGUGUCCAUCAGAGAUGCAUUGUUAUAAAUGUUAAUAACGAUCAAAGUAAUGGAAGAAUGGUUGGAAAAUUUGGUAUGGUAUUAUUCAUUUCAUGAUGAAAAGAGGAACCUUCUAUGAUGAUAUUUUUGGAAAUGAAACAUAAGAUAAAUUAGAAGUUAUUUGUAAGACUUGUACAGUAGAUUUUGAAUUUUACUAAGAUAAAUGUAUCAAGAAAUGCCCAGAGAAUUGCGCACUCUGUAUAAAAAGUAAUGGAUAAAAUAAAUGUGUUAAAUGCAAAAUGUACGAAGGUCGACGUCUGUCCUUAUAUGAUGGGGAUUGCAUUGAUUGUCCAAGGUAUUGUCAGAUUUGUAAACCUAAAACUAAUUCUUAAUUAUUAAGUGCUAAUCCAUAUUUCUCAAAUUCUAAUGUCUAAUCUUCUACGCAUGCUUGUUUAAUGUUAUAAUCUUAGUUAAGCUUUUAAGACUAUUAUUAUGACACUAAAUUUUAAUAAUUCUUUAAAUUGAGUGAAACUGGAACAGAUCCUAAUUCAAUUAUAUUGAAUUUCAACCUUUAUUGUAACACAGAGCUAUUUAAUUAACAUCAUGAAUUGGCCUUAGACAAAUAGCAUUUUCUACAGUAAAAUGUUAAAAUUGAUGAACUAUUAACCAAUAAUAAAUCUUAAAGCAAUUUUGGAAGAAUCGAAAAUCUAAAUUUGUAUACAUAUCUAAAUAUAUAACAAAUUUAAGAAGUUGAGUUAUAAUUUAGUUUCAUUUAAGAUUGCUCAAUAGAUUUUCACUCCUACAUUUUCACUACUUUAAUUUAAAACAUCUAUUUUGUCACAUCAGCAAAAAUUACUCUAAUUGGUAAUGGAUACACAUUAUUCCUUAACUCAAAUCUAGAAAUACUGAAUUUCGAAUCUAUUUCAAUACAAAAUCUAAUAAUUUAGUUGUAAUCAACUGUGAAUAUUCAUUUAUAAUCUUUAAGUGCUUUGAAAGUACUAUUUAAUUCAGUAGUUAUACAAUAAUAUUAAGAAGAUUUAAAUCCAAUAACAUUUAAUAUUUUAUCCACAAAUCUCUAGGAAUUAUAGAUUUAAAACUUAUCUCUACAGAAUAUAAAUCUAUAAUCUGUCGCUAGUUUAUUUUACUUCGAAUAUACAGUUAACUAGCAAUAUAUUAACAUUAAUAUUGAUCAAUUUACUAUUCAAAAUUCAAAGAUGCAUAAUUCAAAUAUCAUUUUACUUGAUAAUUACUUUUAAAAAACUACAAAUUGUUAUAUUAAUAACAUUCUAAUGAUAAAUUCCAAUCUUUAUUCUAGCUCAUUUAUGAAAAUUAAAAAUAACUAAUAUCUAGUUAUGUAAGGAUCUAUAUCAUAAAUAUCGAUCGUUUUCUCCUUGUUAUCUAAUAUUCAGCCUUUAUUCUAGACUUUUUGUUAUAAAAGUUUAAUUAUAAGCAGAAUCUCUUUAACAAAUUCAACAUUCUAAAAUUUCAUUCUAUUUUAAACAACAAAUGAAUAAAUUAAUAAGGACUAUUAAAUUAAGUUUUGUAGUUUAAAGAAUAGCUCAAUUAUUAAUUUUGUUUAAGAUUACUAGUUUCAAUCUAUCAUUUUUGAGAAUAUUGAAGUUAAUUAGAUUUAACACGACGAUAAAACAAUUCUUAUAAAUUUAGUAUCAAAUGAUUUGACUAGUACUGUUAAGAUGUCAAAUAUUAUUUUAGAUACAAUCACUCUUUAUGAUAAUAUUUAAUUGGUUUCCAAUUUAUAGUCAAUUUCCUCUAUUAUUCUAAUAUAAUCCAACAUAAUUGAAAUAUCUGAUAUUAAAAUCAUCAGAUCAAUUGGUAUUACAGAAUUUUUACUAUCUUCAGCCAUUAACUUAGUACUUUCAAAUUUUACUAUUUCAUUAAACUCAAAGUACUUCUUUAAAAGCAUUAUUGCAGAUGAAUAAUGUUCAUAACUUAAUCCAUAUUCGAAAUAUACAUCUACUUUGAUCAUUUAAAAGGCAUAAAAUAUUAAAAUAUAAAACUUUUAUGUAUCUAAUCUUAUUCUUUUGGAUUUCCCUAUGAUCUACAUAAUCUCUAUUGCAACCUAAAUUAUUAGAAGAUCUGAAUCUAUUGUUAUAGAUUCCAUGAAUUUAGAUAAUUGCAUCAUCUAAAAGAGUUAGACUAUUAAUUAGAUAUCUGGAAUUCUUAUAUAAUCAGAAUAAUAAUAAGAUAUCUAAAUUCUAAAUUCUAAAUUUAAUAAUAACAUUUACUAUUCAUACUAUAAAGAAUCUGAGUCUGACUCAGCUUUAAUAUUCUAUAUAAUUGCAUAAAAUUCGAAAAUAUAGUUGAUCAAUUGCUAGUUUAACCAAAAUUAUGUCUCUUAAAGUGAAAAUAGUUUAUUAUAUAUAAAUGCUGAAUAAGUUAAUCUAAUUGAUUCAUCUUUUGCUUCAAAUAAUUAGAUUGGUGAUAGCUUUUUGAAGCACAUAAAUUGGAAAUAUCAACCUUAUACUUUAACAUUAGAAUAAAUCAAAAAUUAAUUUUAAGUGCUAUCACACAAGUGGAAAUGGUUAACUAAUAUCUUCCUCAGUAGUUUUUCAACAUCUGCAGGAUGUUUUAAAAUUACAUUAGAAAAUGAAGGAUAUUUACUCGUCAGAAAUUCUGUAUUUAAAAAUAUCUACACUAAAAUAUCUGAAGAAUAAUCAUUUGGUGGUUGCCUGUAUGUUAUUGAUGGAAGCAUUAAUAUCUAAAUUGAUAUAUUAGAUUCUAUUUAUGAUACAAUUAUUGGAACUGCUGAAGGUGGUGUUAUAUAUCUGAAACCAAUUGCCUAAUAAAUUAACUUCAAUUUCACUAAUGUGACAUUUUAGGAUGUCUUUUCAAACGAUGGUAAUAUUGCCAAACUUAACUUCCUAAACUACAAUUAAUAACUCUAUAUGUAGAAUUGCAGAAUUUUAUAAACAAUAGAGGGUUAUUCCAAAUUUAGGUCUUUGUUUAGUUUAUUUUAAAAUUAUGAAACUACUUUGAUUUCAAUGUAAUAAGGAUAUCUUGUUUUAAGACAUUUAUUCGUUCAGUUAUAUUUAAAUAUAUUCUUAUAGUUGAAUUAUCAAAGCAAAGUUAGUUUGACAUCAAUCGAAAUAGACUAUUCAUUUUAUUACUAGAAUUCCAUAAUGUAAAUUAGCUUUUCUGAAGAUUAAAAAUGCAAAAUCGACAUUACUGAUCUCAAAAUCAAAAACGUUAAAUGGUACAAAGAUGAUCCAAAACUGUAAGCUAUCUAAAUAAAGUAAGUUAUUGAUGAUUAAUUAAAACUGUCAUAAGACUGUCAAAUUGAAUAAAUAUUAAUAUUGAAAAAUUCUAUUUAUGAAUUAAUAAAUUUAUAGGAUCAUUUAGCUGUACCUUAAAAAUAGAUUGAAAGUUUACUUUAAAUAACAAAUGUAAAACAUAAGGAUUCAAUAUCAAUUAAAUCAAGCUAAUUUUCAAAUAAUUAGUGCAUAUUAUGUUAAUCAGGACUUCUUUUUAUUAAAUUAAUUGAGUUGCAAUCAGAAAAUAUUAUUUUAUCAAAUAUAUGGUUAAUGGAUAAUUAAUGUGGUCAAAAUGGAUGCUUAUGCUUCGUGUAAGAGUUCCAAAGUUAAGAAUAAAAGAUAAUGUCUAAGUUAUCACUAGACAAUAUGUUUUGCUAUAGAAAUUAGGCAGAGAAAGGAGGAUGCAUAGUUAGCAAAUAAGUUGGUCUUAAAAUAACAAAUAGUAUUUUAAGUGAAAAUCUAGCAAUUCGAUAAGGAGGAAGUAUUUAUUAUGAUGGAGAAAUUACAAAUCUUUUGUUUCAGAAUAAUCUUAUAAUGUCAAAUACAGCGUAAGAAGGAGGUGCAAUAUAUCUAGGGAAUCAAAGUUUACCUGAAUUAAAUAGAACAUUUAACUAUUUCAAUAAUAACACUGCAUAUAUAUAUGGUAAGAUUAGUUCAUCUCACUCAACUUAACUUACAGUAAUGUACAAAAAUUUGUAAUUUUCAACUUUAAAUUCUUUGAGAAAUGGGCAGAUUAAUGCUUACUUAACUAAUUAAUCCAAUUCCUCAGAAUUAUAGUUCUUAAAAUUACCGAGUGGUUAAUAAAUUAAAAAUUAUUAAUAUUUUGAUAUACAUAAAUAAGAAUACUAGCAUUUACAUUUAAAAUUGAGAGUUUUAGCUUUAAAUGCAUAUAAUGAAUAACAAUUUCAUCUUAGUAAUAGUGAAUGUUUAAUUGAAAGUGGGUACCAGUAUGGCUCCUAAGAAAUCGUUUUUACAAAUAAUUAUACAAAUUAUAAUAGAAAAGAUUUUGAUUAAGAGACAUAAGAUUAUAAUUUAGAUGAUUUAAUUAUUUAUUAUGGGACUGAAAAUGAUUAAUCUAAUCUAAUCUUAUAAGUAAGUUGUAAUAGUGUUUAAAUCCCAAUUUAUGAAGACAUUUUUCCUUAUUAGAUUAUGGAUUACAACUCUAAAUAUUAGUUAAUUUUAUACAUUCAUACUUACCCAUGUCAAUAUGGAGAAUAUAAGAAUCUAACAGAUAAUGCUUGUCAUUUAUGCGACAUUAACAAGAAAUAAUAUUCAGUAACUAUCAAUGCAACAACUUGUUAAUUUAUGGAUGAAGAUACAAUAGCAUCAAUAACACCUGCUUAACUUUAAUUAAAAUCUGGAUAUUGGAGACCAUAUAUAAAUAGUGAAAUUAUUGAAUAUUGCUAAAAUAGGAUUGAGAACUGUUUAGGUGGAUGGAGAUAAGGAGAUGAGACUUGUGAAAUUGGCUAAUUAGGUGCUUGUUGUGAAGCUUGUGAUUAAUACAAUAUAAGAGGAUAUGGUUAAUAUAGUCUUAAGAAAUUAUAUUAAUGUUAAAAGUGUGAAGAUUUGGAUAAACAAAUUAUUUAUAUCAUAUUGAUAACCUUAUGGAAUUUACUUUCAAUCUAUUUAUCAACAAGUGGAGUUGAAAAACUCAUAUAAGAAUUAUAGAAAAACAAAGUAGGAACAAGAUAAUUAAUAAUUAACAAUAAUAAACAAACAGGUCCACUUAUGAAAAUGCUUACAAAUUAUUUAUAAAUAUUGGCUAUCAUAAUAAAUUUUAAUGUUGAAAUUCCAUAAGCAUUUAAAGAUUAUUAUAAUAUUACUGGAAAUUCUCAAACUAUUUUAUUAGUUACAACAGAUUGCUUUUUGGCUUAGAAUUUUUAAGAAGGACUCAUAUAUGUGAAAAUAAUAUAUAGUAUAAUUUGUCCACUGUUUUAUGGAUGGAUCUACUUAUCUAUAUACUUCUUUUUGAGAGUUCUAAAUAAGAUCGUUUAUAAUGAAGUAGUACCAAAAAGUUGUGUCUUAUAUUUGUUUUGUUAUUACUAAAUAUAGAACAUUAUCAGGCAUAAAAUGGAUACAGGGUGA